GGCGGGACUUCCGGAGCGGCAAUGUUAGCAGACAGACAUGCAGAGGCCGGUGUCCAGUCUGCCGCUGAGUCCCAGCGUCAAAGUGAAACUGCUCAACGCGGGCUUUCAGAUUCUUAAUGAUGUCGCAGCGGUCACGGCGCUCAACCUUAGUCGAGAGGCGGGUCUCAGCCAGCGGGAGGCGCUGGAGGUGCUGCAAGCUGUGAGGAAAGAGGGAGGAGCUGACGGAGGUGAAGGAGCUCCUCUGACUGCGCUUGACCUCCUGCAGAAAGAGGAGGAGCUAAGGAGCAUCGUGACCUUCUCCUCGCAGCUGGACAGCAUGCUCGGAGGAGGACUUCCUGUCGGGAAAACCACAGAAGUCUGCGGCGCACCGGGAGUGGGAAAAACACAACUUUGUCUGCAGUUGGCGGUGGACGUCCAGGUGCCGGCGUGCUUCGGCGGUCUCGGAGGUCAGGCGGUCUUCAUCGACACGGAAGGAAGCUUCGUCGUUCAACGAGUCGUCGACAUCGCCACCGCCGCCGUCCGCCAUUGCUCCAUGUUAGCGGACGACGCGGACCAGCGAGAUGCCAUGACCACCUUUAACGUGGACAACAUCCUGUCCAACAUCUUCCUGGUGCGCUGCCAUGACUACGUGGAGCUCCUCGCCGAGGUCUACCUGCUGCCCGACUUCCUGUCUGCUCACCCUCAGGUCCGCCUCCUCGUGAUUGACAGCGUGGCCUUUCCCUUCCGACAGCUUUUCGACGAGCUGUCGCAGCGGACACGCCUCCUCAACGGCCUCGCCCAGCAGCUCAUCUCCAUGGCAACCAAGCACAACGUGGCCGUGGUCCUGACCAACCAGAUGACCACGAGGCUGCGAGGCGGACACUCCCAGCUCGUCCCCGCACUGGGGGAGAGCUGGGGCCACGCCCCCACCCUGAGACUCCUCCUGCGGUGGGCGGGCUCACAGAGGCAGGCCACCAUCUUUAAAUCUCCACACCACAUGGAGGCCACGGUCAGCUACCAAAUCACGUCGGACGGUUUCAGAGACAUUGACCAAUCGGAGCAGCAGCCGAGCAAACGCCCCCGAACGCUCCCCGACCAGUCGGCUGCCUGCUCGAGCAAACGGAUGCAGUUGACUGGCUAAAGCUGCAGUUGUUUUCAGCCAAUCAGAGAGAGACAUGAUGAAGACCAUGUUUCUUUGCAAAGGUGAAUAAGAUGUCAUUACAAAACAAUGUAUUUACUUUUUAAACCCAUGCCUUAUUAAAAGUCCAACUGGUGUCUAAAGACCUUUUAAUCAAUCCAAAGAAAAAUACUUAGUGCAACCAGUCUCUACAGAUUUCAGUUAGUCCAACUGGUCUCCAAAGACUCAUUAGUCAACCCAAGACACAUUAGUAAGUCCCAAGUUGUCUUGAAAGAUCUAAGUUUAGUGAGUCCAAGUGGUCUCCAAGGAGUGGACUCCUUUAGUCAAUCCAAAUACUCUUUCCGAAGUGCUCCUUAUCAUUACAGACUGUUUAGUAAGUCCAAGUUGUCUCUAAAAAAUUGAAUCAAUCCAACUAGUCUUUAAAGACUUCUUAGUACAAGCAACUUGUCUCUAAAAGACUCUAGUCAAACGUAAGACUCUUUAGUAAGUCCAACUGGAUGUAUGGAUAAGUGAAAGUGGUCUCUAUAGAGCUAGCUAUUUAAUUAAUCCAAAGACUCUACUAAGUGCUUUUCGUCUUUACGGACUAAUUAGGAAGUCCUAGUUGUCUCUAAAGACUAAUCAACCUAAUUAGAUUUCAAAGACUCCUUAGUAAGUGCAACUUGUCCCUACCGACUCUUUAUGUCCAACUAGCCUUGAAAGACUGUUUAGUAAGUCCAAGUGAUGUCUAAAGACUCUCAAAAAUACUAUUUAAAAGGGGAACUAUUCUCUCCAGACUUCAGGAAGUCCAAGUAGUUUCUAAAGAGUAGACUCUUAGUCAACCCAAAUACUUUUUACUGAGUGUUACUUGUCUCUACUGACGUCUCGUCUGCCGUAAUUGCUGUUUACGGCAGACGAACUGCUUUACGGUAGACGAAAUGCUGUUGUUGUGUGUUGUUGCCGCGCUGGGAGGACGUUAAUGAAACUGUCUAACAAUAAACCCACAUAAGAAACCAAGAACUCGCCCUCGAU